CCAUCCAAUCCAUCCAUCCAUUCAUUCAUUAAUUCCGACACAUCGACCAGCAAAUGAUGGCAAGGGUCAACUCCAUCCUCCUGCUGAUGGAUGCUCUUCUUCUGCUGGUCCUGGGCAAGGCUGGAGUCAGUGUGGAGACACCCACCCACCACACACAGGGGGAGAGCGAGGUGGUCAACCCAGUCCGCCUGGACGUGGAGCCUGGAGGAGCGAGGAGACACUUCCUCCAAAGGAGCCUGGAAGAUGUCCACCAGGACCAGAGGAUGCUGUUCAAAGUCGGGGCUUUCAGCCAGGAGUUUUACUUGGAUUUGGUGCCCGAUUCGAGCUUCCUGGGGUCGGCUUUCACCCUGCAAUCCCUGUCCCUCUUCCCCCAACCCGCCUGGGGCAACAGCAUCAGUCACUGCUUCUACUCGGGCUCGGUCAACCGAGAUCCUUCUUCCUACGCCGCUCUCAGCCUGUGCGAUGGGAUGCAGGGGGCAUUCGGUGUGAACGGCUCCGAGUAUCUCAUCCAACCUUUGGCAAAGCCACCCGGAGUGGGAGAACCAAGCUCAGCCCACGUUAUACACCGCAGAAGCGCCUCUGAGCCAAUGCCACCACCAGCAUCAGCAUCAGUCAACAUCACCUCCAGGUGUGGGGUGAGUGGGACACACGUCAACCUGGCAGCUCUGGAAAAAUUUAAAGCCUCCCAUUCCAUGGAACGUCCGUCCAAAGGGGAGAACGUGGGUAGAAAGAGCAGCCGAUCCAAGCGGUUUGCUUCGAUUCCCCGCUUUGUGGAAACCCUACUGGUGGCCGAUGAAUCUAUGGCCAAGUUUCACGGCGAUGAUCUCAAACACUACGUCCUGAUGUUAAUGGCGGUGGCGGCUAGGCUCUACAAGCACCCCAGCAUAUUGAACCCCAUCAGUAUUGUGGUGGUGAAGUUUAUAGUCAUUAAUCUCGAAGACAAGGGGCCCAAAAUCUCAACCAACGCAGCCCUAACACUGAGAAACUUCUGUGCCUGGCAGAAAAAGUUCAACAAGGCCAGCGAUAAGAAUCCCGAGUACUUUGACACGGCAAUCCUUUUUACAAAACAGGAUUUGUGCGGAGCUCAGACCUGUGACACGUUGGGGAUGGCGGACGUGGGCACCAUGUGUGACCCCAAGAGAAGCUGCUCUGUCAUUGAAGACGAUGGGCUCCCAUCUGCUUUCACCACAGCUCACGAACUAGGGCAUGUGUUCAAUAUGCCACACGACAGUGUCAAGGCCUGCGAAAAUGUGUUUGGGAAGCUGAAGGACAACCACAUGAUGUCUCCUACUCUCAUCCACAUUAACCGUUCGAAACCCUGGUCGAUCUGCAGUGCAGCCAUCGUCACAGACUUCUUGGACAGCGGCCACGGUGAUUGCCUCCUGGAUGAGCCAACAAAGCCAAUUACUUUGCCAGAUAGUUUGCCGGGCGAAAACUACAACUUGAACAGACAGUGUGUGCUCGCAUUCGGUACCAACUCCAAGCCGUGUCCCUACAUGCAGUCUUGCCUCAAACUGUGGUGCACUGGAAAAGCUCGUGGGCAGCUCGUGUGUCAAACCAGACACUUCCCAUGGGCAGACGGGACGAGUUGUGGAGAUGGAAAAUUCUGCUUGAAAGGCAUUUGUGUGGAGAGGCACGAUGUGACCAAGUACAAGGUCGAUGGGAGAUGGGGAAGAUGGGGCCAGUAUGGAGUAUGUUCACGCACAUGUGGUGGGGGAGUACAACUUGCCGAGAGGGAGUGUAACAACCCAACCCCUGCCAAUGGUGGGAGGUACUGUGAGGGAAUCCGGGUCAAGUACCGAUCCUGCAAUUUGGAUCCGUGCCCCGAGAACGGUAAGAGUUUCAGAGAGGAGCAGUGUGAAGCCUUCAAUGGAUAUAACAUCAAUACAAACAGGCUCGCCCCAUCUGUUGUCUGGGUGCCCAAGUAUUCUGGGGUGUCACCCAAGGACAAAUGCAAACUUGUAUGCCGAGCAAAUGGCACUGGAUAUUUCUAUGUACUUGCGCCCAAGGUGGUUGACGGAACUCCAUGCAUGCCAGACACAUCUGCCGUAUGUGUCCAAGGACAGUGCAUCAAAGCCGGAUGCGAUGGGAAGCUUGGCUCCAAGAAAAAGUUUGACAAGUGCGGAGUGUGCGGAGGGGAUAACAAGAGCUGCAAGAAAGUCUCCGGAUUAUUCACAAAACCCAAAUACGGAUACAAUUAUAUUGUGACAAUACCGGUUGGAGCCACGAGUAUCGACAUCAAGCAAAGAGGCUACAGAGGCAUGACCAACGAUGACAACUAUUUGGCUGUUAAGAAUGAGCACGACAAGUACCUACUGAAUGGCCACUACAUAGUUUCUGCAGUAGAGCGGGACAUUGUCGUAAAGGGAAGCUUGUUGAGGUACAGUGGGACGGCAAAUUCUGUUGAAAGCCUUCAAGCUUUUAGGCCCAUUCAGGAGCCAUUGGUCAUCGAGGUCCUGUCAGUUGGUAAAAUGACUCCCCCUCGCGUUCGCUAUUCCUUCUACCUAAAUAAGGACAACAAGGAGAAGCAGGACAAGUCGUCCCACAGUUUGAAUAAAAAAGACUCAAAGGGAACAAUGCUGAACAACGACAGUUUGAGCAAACUGAAUAAAAUUGCUGUGAGGCAACCAGACUAUAAACGACCCAGUUAUAAAUGGGUGGUGAGAACGUGGUCUGAUUGUUCCGUUACUUGCGGGAAUGGACUACAGCACAGACCCGUGGAGUGUCAAGACCAUCACGGGCAGAUCGCGUUUGAUUGUGACAGCACCCAGAAGCCAGAGGUCAUCAGGCAGUGCGGAAACCCCUGCCCGAUCUGGGUGAUCGGUGACUGGUCACCUUGCUCGAAGAGUUGUGGAAAAGGAUUCAAGAGACGCAUCAUCAAAUGCAGAGCCGGCACAGGACAUGCUUUGCCCAGGGAACACUGCAGUAUAAGGAAGAAGCCACAAGAGCUGGACUUUUGUACUGUGAGACCCUGUUGAGAGCCGUGUGAGGACCGAGUAGGACUUAAUUCAGAUAAGAGUCAUCUUUAGAAAUGGCAGGUGACCGAUGGAAGUCUGCGGAGGUGUCCACCAACCUUUAGUGACGGUCAUGACUGUUACAACUAAAACGCAAAAGGAAUAUUGAACGAGAAGAGCUACUUCAUAUUGGGAUUAAUAGAGACCGAUGAUGGAUGAUUGUGGUUGCAACUAAACAAUCUGACAAUGACAUGCAGAAGUCUACCUCUGGUAUUUGUCAACAGUCGGUAUUAAAACUAUGAUGGUGGCUUCAUUGACCAUGUUUUAAUGUAAGUAGUGAGUGACUGCUUGAUGGGGAGCACUUACAGAGUGCAGUUUGUCACAAGGUUGGAAGCAGUUGAAGAUUUCUCCGACUUCAUGGUGUUUUAUUCACCACUGAGCACAAAAUGAUACAGGGACCAGUGUACAUAUGGCUGCAAUAUUAUGCAGGGAUGUAUGCCCUAAUAUGAUAUAUUGAUAAGUCAACGAUAAAGUGAAAUGACAUCCUUAACUUCAGAGAUGUGGAAGUUGGUUUACUUGUAAACGGGCAAUCUUAACGUGCUACUUUAUGAAAUAUAUUAGGUAGAUAACCUGUUCUUUGUGGCAAAAAAAAAACAAGUAUUAGAAUAUUUUACCAAUAUUACUAUAAUGUUGACAUGUUGAGUGAAGUUUAGUCAAGUUCAAAUGGUGUCAUCAGUUACAAAGUGUUAUGUUCUAACAAAUCUGUGUUUAAGAAACAAAAGCGGGCCAUUCAGCUCGUGGUUCAGUCCUGUAUAAAUAGCAAAUGCCAUUUGGAUGUUAAAAGAAAUUAAAGCAUUAAUUACAGUGUCAGUAGCUGAGCCUGUUUGUAAAAAUGAUCUCUUCCAAGAAUCUCUUCGUAAACUUACCGUGUUUUUGUAUGUAAUAAUUUAUUAUGAGAGGGACAAUAUUCCAUGGUGCAGAAAUCAUGCUCUGUAUGCUGGCAACUUUAUUUAUUGUAUCUACCGGGUUCCAAACCACCAACAAUGCAAUGCCAAAAAACUGACAACUUAAUUCUAUUUUAAUAUUUCUUAACGGUAGGAUUGUAACGAUGGUGCUUUUGGUUUUGUCGACAUUUGCACAUUUUAUAACCUUGCCCGUACACAUUUUGUGAUUUUGUGUUGUUUUUUUUUUGCCUCGGGGUGGGGUGGGGGCGGUGGGGGGCGGUGGGGGGAGGAGAUUUUUUUUUUAAAAAAGCAAAACAAAUUUUACACAUAAAUUUAGAACCGGUGAAUCCGCAACAUUGAUUGAUUUUUUUUUUUUUGUCCGCCCAUUGUACGGUGAUGGGUUUCGAUUUGGCAAGUUGUGAUUUGGUUCAUGAAAUCACCAGGCCACGUAUACAUCGCACAAGACGGGCUUUGUUUCAUUCUCCCAUUGUACCGUGAUAGUUCAUCCUUUCCUCUCUACCUUGUUCUCUCAUUAAAAACACAUCAUAUAUGCCAAAACCCUGUAACCCUUUCACUUGUGUUCUGGUUGGGAGGGAAUGCAGUCACUGUUCUUCCAUCUAAAAGAUGGUUCAUAUGUUAUUGGGAUUUAUUUUUCCCUUUUGCAAUUUUAAACUGCAAAAGGCAUAAAUACCGUUUAUUGGCUGUUAUGUAUACCAUGUAUACAUCUGUUCAGUUGUGCACAAAUAAAACUGUAAAUAUCCAA